UCUACGUGGAAAUUAGAUAUUCAAUUUAAAGAAGCAGAUGCACAUUCUAAUGACAUUUUGAAUUCGGUUGUGUUUGACUUUUGUCAUGCCUCCACCUGUGGUUGAGAACGUGAAGGGAUUCCUAUCCAGCAAGCCUCCACUUGUCAUUUUUAUGAUAUGUCUCGGUGGCUUUGCAGUUGUUCUCCUGACUUUGGCCUAUAUUGUGAAGGUCAAUGACCAGCUUAUUAAUCCUGAUUUAACUAAAGACUGGAACAGGUUCCUGGAUAAUUUUGCAGAGCUGGAGUUCUGUAUGAUUGCAAACUCCUCAACUUAUCCAGAUGAUGUUCCAUCUGGGUCUGGAAAGCUGACUGACAAGCUUAAUGUCAUCAGUAACAAGCUAUCGGGGUCGCCAACUACUACAGACCGAUCACCACAAAAUGGUGAUGACGUUGUGAACACAUCACUAACGAUGAUGGUGGAGAUGAGGCCGUCGCCCCACUUUUAUGGAAUCCCACAGAAUGUGACAUUCCUGGCAUCUACGGUAGUAGGCAAUCAGAUCGGCUUAUCAGGUGCAGCUGCUGACCUUGAGAUGAAUGUCACUAUGAGCUUCCCAUUUGACUGGAACAACACAGAUUGUUCAGACAGCACUUGUCAAACUGUCCAUAUCCUCACCUGCAUAAACUUACAAGCCCCUGUGGCCUUUUUCCCAAGUACUAGACAAGCUGGAGCCUGCUACAGUUUGGCUAAUGAGUCCAGCAGUGAAGUACAUACAAGGAUGCAGAGUUACCAGGGUAACCAGUUCACACUCCUACCAACAGUAGCUUCACAGUGUCUGCAAACUCCAGUCAUCAAGGUCAAGCAUAAAGUUGACCCUAGAUUUAAUGUGAUGCUGACCUUGGAGGACCGAUCUGUCAUCAAUCUCCAUUUGAUGCACACCAGCUACUUUCUGUUUGUGAUGUUCAUCACACUAUUCUGCUAUGCAAUCAUCAAAGGGCGUUCAAUCAAGAUUAAAACACACAGCUACUCAGAGGUAAAUUCUUACGCUUAAAGUGCAAAGAGGCAAAAAGAAAUGUCUGUGAUAGUAUUGACAGCAGUUCUCUCCAAGGCUCUGUUCUAUUCCUGUGUUACACUGGCACUUUAUUGUAGUUGGUCCACGUGGUGAGGCUCUGCUCCUGUGUUACACUGGCACCUAGUUGUUGUUGGUCCAUUUGGUGAGGCUUGGCUCUUGUGUGACACAGGUACCUUAUUGUUGUUUGUCCUCUUGGUGAGGCUCUGCUCCUGUGUUACACCGGCACCUUGUUGUUGUUGGUCCACGUGGUGAGGCUCUGCUCCUGUGUGAUACAGGCACUUUAUUGUGGACAGUCCUCUUGGUGAUGCUCAACUCUUGUGUGACACAGGCACUUUAUUGUUGACAGUCCCUCUUGGUGACGUGAGGCUCCAGUUCUACACAGGUACCUUGUUGUUGAUGGAACUCCAGGCAAGCAUAGCCCCCGUAAAACAUUGAUUCGUUAUUGUGGACAGUGCUAUAUGCUCAACUUGGCUCGUGCGUUACACCGACACCUUACUGUUGACACAUCUCUUGGUAAGCCUAUCUCCUCUCCUUGGAUACCCGGACAUGUAGUUGUUGACAUUCCUGUGGAAAUACUCGUCAUCUUUUCUUUUGAUAAAAAAUUGGAUCCUUUUGCUGGGAGACGAGCUGUUUUAUCAAAAGUGUGCAUUGUGAGCAGCAAAUGUAUAGGUAUUUCUGACUGGCAGUUAGAAGUAUUGUGGUUAGCAUCGUGUGUUCGGUGAAUUGUGAACAGACUAAGCAAUACCUACAUUAGCUCAGAGAAUUACUUGUCCAUAAAUGAUUUGAGAUAAUUUUCGAAUACCACAAUAAAUUUACCUCAUCUGUGGAUUUAUAUGUUGUGGUGUAUAGUAAUUCUCAGAAUACAAUUUCUAUAUUAUUGUAUCAAUGUGUCUCAACACAAACAGGUCUAGUGUAGGAAUGUCAUUGAUGAACAUUGUUGUGUUGUUAUAAGUUAUGUGAGAGCAUGUAUUGUUUUUUAUAAUGAAUCAUUAUUAAUUAUGGGAGAACAGGUGUUAUUAUGUUUUGAAUCACUUUAAGUAAUGAGAGAACUCAUUCAAGAUUGUAACACUUCAUUUGAUUGGUAAAUGAAAGCAACAGUUAAAACAUGAUAGACCGUCCAUUAACUUUUCAUUUGCAUAUAAAUCCUAAAUUGUGAUAGUUAAUCAUGUCUCUGACCCAGAAACAUAAAAAAUAAUUGCUUUACCUUGAAUAUUACUGAUAUCAGAAAUAUUAAAGAUACACAGAUUUUUGAAAUAUACAUGAAAUUAACAGAUGCUUCUUUUUGCUGGUUUAAUUUGGAUUUAAAAGAAUGCAGUACACAUCACCAGUUAAACAUGGUUUUCAAAGGUGCAUUAAUGAGGUACAUGUGAAGAUUUCAAACCACUGGUUAGUCCCAGAUUAUCUUUUUUUUUCUUUCUCCAUUAUUACAUGUAGGAAGUAUGUAUACUAGGGAGCACUUGUUAUACUGUGUGAAGUCAGUCCUAUGCUCACUAAUCACUCGUUAUGCAGUAUAUUGUCACAACACAUCAGAGACACAACAUGCACACAUAUAAUGACCUUACAACAUAGGUACAUCAUAUACCAGUUUCUCAAUACUUUGGUUUUUAAUGAUCAUUACCAAAUGUGAUUAUGACUGUCAUGCAUCACAAUUUUAUAUCUUGUCCUACGUAAUAGCAGCUGCAUAUUGAUUUUCUGCAAAUAACUUCCCAUUCAGAAGUAUUUAACUAUUAAAAUUAUUAGUUCAUAAUGAUUUUCACCAUCUGCCAUGUUUUAUUACCCCAUAAAUAAUGUAUUAGCCUUAUUCCUAUAUCACUCGAUGAUGUAUAUCUCAAUAAUACUACUUGUCCAAGGUUAGACAUGCGAGGCUUUUUCAUCUUGUGUAUAAGUUCAUUCAUAAUGUAAUUCAAGUGUAAUUUUAAGCCCAUAAAAUGUAAAUUUAAAUAAUUAUUUUGCUAACUUGCCAUUUUUUUUUAUAUUUUAAGGGAGAUUUGGGAUAUUUAGAGAUUAAUAUGCUGAAGUUACCUUUAACAAAGUGUUUAGACUGACACAUCCAGGUGAACUAAUGGGAUUUUUGAAACUAAGAAUAUAGAAGAUAUAUGUAAUAUAUAUAAAUUUAAAAUAUAUGCAUGAAAUUGGGCCAUAAAUAGCAGGAUUCUCAUUAAUAGGGUUUGAUGGGUAUGCCUUUUGUUUUGUUAUGAAUUUGAUUUUACCAUGUUUAUGUUUAAUUGUAAUUACAUUAACUUUGUAAGUAUUUUAUAUCUAUUGUUAUUUCAUUCCUUCACUGCUGUAAAUAGGGUUUUUUUUUGUUUUUGUUAAAAUCCUUUGUUUGUCAAAUCAUAAUUUUCAUUGACAUUAUGUUGACUGCUGAAAUUUUCAUCAUAGUAGCUUCACUGCUGUCAGAUAUUUUCCUAACUUUUACAUUCCAUUUGAAAACCUUUCAAGAUCCAUCACCAACUUAAAUCAACAAACUUGGUUAAAAACCAAGAAGAUAAAGGCUGUUGCAAAAAAAAAGAAACAAAAAAACCUGAUGGUUGUUUUUGCUCCGAAACACCUGCUUUGUUUUGUUUUUUGAAAGGAGCCGUGUAGUGUACUUGUCAAAGAGGACAGACAAUUCUCUGGUCACUUGGAGAUUGUGAAUGUGUACAAGUAAAUAGUGUAGAGUAAAUGUGUACAUGGUUAUAAGUCAUUGUUUACUCUGUAAAACAUUGAUAGGAUUGAGCUGUGAUAAGUUUGUGAUAACUUAUGUAUCACUGCAUUUUACUAUUAAUGACAUUAUGCACUUUUUAACUUCAUAUGUGGAGAAAGUCUAAUUGCAGUUAUGCAAUAUUAAUAAUUCUUAAAUGAUGCCCCUGCCUCAUUGGCUUGUGUUGAAUGUCUGCACUAUCAACUAUAUAUAAAAGUUGCAGAUAUUUCAUCCAUAUAAAUCCAGUAUACUUUGUUGUGUUCUGAUAACCUACACCAGCUGCUUCAUAUGUUUUGUGUUCAUAGUGCUUUAACUUAUACAUGUUCAUUGAUCUCUGCAUUUCAGUCAUGAAAAUUUAAUUCUAAACUAAACCUCAAGCAAGAGUGGAAGAAUUCUAUACCUCAAAAGUUAUAUAAAAAAUAUAUUGAACCCUAUCUCAUAAGGAGGCAUACUUAUAAACAUUAAAUAUUAAUGUAAAAUCAUGGUCAUGGACAAUAUGAAAUAGUUAGUCUUAUAAUAUCUACAACUUCUCUUCAAUAUCAUAGUCUCAUAAUAUCUACUGCUUCUCUUCAAUAUCGUAGUCUCAUAAUAUCUACAACUUCUCUUCAAUAUCAUAGUCUCAUAAUAUCUACAGCUUCUCUUCAAUAUCAUAGUCUCAUAAUAUCUACAGCUUCUCUUCAAUAUCAUAGUCUCGUAAUAUCUACAGCUUCUCUUCAAUAUCAUAGUCUCGUAAUAUCUACAGCUUCUCUUCAAUAUCGUAGUCUCAUAAUAUCUACAACUUCUCUUCAAUAUCGUAGUCUCAUAAUAUCUACAACUUCUCUUCAAUAUCAUAGUCUCAUAAUAUCUACAGCUUCUCUUCAAUAUCGUAGUCUCAUAAUAUCUACAACUUCUCUUCAAUAUCGUAGUCUCAUAAUAUCUACAGCUUCUCUUCAAUAUCAUAGUCUCAUAAUAUCUACAGCUUCUCUUCAAUAUCAUAGUCUCAUAAUAUCUACAGCUUCUCUUCAAUAUCGUAGUCUCAUAAUAUCUACAACUUCUCUUCAAUAUCUUAGUCUCAUAAUAUCUACAGCUUCUCUUCAAUAUCAUAGUCUCAUAAUAUCUACAACUUCUCUUCAAUAUCAUAGUCUCAUAAUAUCUACAGCUUCUCUUCAAUAUCGUAGUCUCAUAAUAUCUACAACUUCUCUUCAAUAUCAUAGUCUCAUAAUAUCUACAGCUUCUCUUCAAUAUCGUAGUCUCAUAAUAUCUACAACUUCUCUUCAAUAUCAUAAUUAAGAAGGUGUAGUUCACAUUGUGUCAGAAUAUGGGCCAAUUAUUAUACUUGCUUUUGUUGUUAAACUAGCGGAACAACUUUGUGUCUAAGUAUAGGAAAUGUAUAAAAGAAUGAAAGAUUGUACAUAAAUGUUUUGUUGCAAUAUUUACAACAAUGUUUGGUGGCUAAGAUUGAAAUAAAUUGAAAUAAAUGUUUACAACAUUGU